CUAGCGUUCAGCGGUACUGUCGUCUAUUCUGCAAUCGUAAACGAAAUGCCUGAACCUGCCAAGUCUGCGCCCAAGAAGGGCUCCAAGAAAGCGGUUACCAAAACCGCUGGCAAGGGAGGAAAGAAGAGGAAGAGGACCAGGAAGGAGAGCUAUGCCAUCUACGUGUACAAGGUGCUGAAGCAGGUCCACCCCGACACUGGCAUCUCGUCCAAGGCCAUGAGCAUCAUGAACUCGUUCGUUAACGACAUCUUUGAACGCAUCGCUUCUGAGGCUUCUCGUCUGGCGCACUACAACAAGCGCUCCACCAUCACCUCCAGGGAGAUUCAGACCGCUGUCCGCCUCCUGCUGCCCGGUGAGCUGGCUAAACACGCCGUUUCUGAGGGCACCAAGGCUGUUACCAAGUACACCAGCUCCAAGUAAACUCUUAAUUAACGUCACAAACCCAAAGGCUCUUUUAAGAGCCAUCCACAUUUUCUAAUGAGAAAUAAUCCUAGUAUCACAUAGAAACGCCAACCCUAACCCUGUUGAUUCAAGUUUGACGUGAAAUGAAAGUUAAAGUGUCCUUUAGUACUUCCGUCAGGCGGUUAUUGAUUGUGGCUGAUAAUCCUGAAGCUGUGUUUCAGAACCAACUAGUACCUAUGUCAGUGCAAUAUGAUGUUAAAGAAGUGGACUGAAAACACUGGUGUAACUGUCUUUUUCAUUAUUUUUAAUUGCAUCUUUUGUAUUUGUUUAUAAUUUGGGUCUCUUGUACUUAAGUGCAUCACUAUUUCAUGUACCUAAUCACAAAGAUUUUCCACUUCUGUAAAUUGGACUAAAUCCUUGAUGUUGA